AUGACUAUUGUGGCUCCUAUGGAGAUCCGUGUCUUCUCCGACUUAGUGAACAAGGCUAGAGUAGUGGAAGAGUAUGCCAAGACCGUGGCGGCGUCCAAGGACACUCAUGGAGGGAGCUCUAGUCAGGGGCAUGGCAAGUAUUUCCAUCCUAGAGGUCAAAGCUUCAAAAGAGGAGGAUAUGCACCUCAAGGUCAGGGAGGCUUCAGAAAGAACAAUCAGAAUCAGUUUCAGUAUGCUAAGGGGAGAGGAAAUCAGAGUAAGAUUUCUCCGGAUUUGAGUUGUGUGCGUUGUGGGCGUUUUCACUCUUAUGACUCAUACAAGAUUGGUUUAGGUGGAUGCUUCAAUUGUGGGUUGCCUGGCCACAUUGCGAGGGAUUGCACUCGUGGGAGGAAUCAGAAUGCAGGUCAAGGUCAGCAUCAAGGUCGAGUCUUUGCUGUGAACACCAAGGAUGCUUCCAAGGCGGAUCCUUUUAUGAGAUGUAUAUGUCUUAUUGGUGAUAAAAAAUUAAUUGCAUUGUAUGAUAUUGGAGCUUCACAUUCAUUUAUUUUGUUUGCUAAAGUUGAGGAAUUAGACUUGAAAGUGUCAGAGUUACCUUUUGAUCUGCAUGUACAUACUCUGCAUCAGACAGUUAUGACUAGGUCAGGUUGUAGGCAAGUAGGAUUCAAGCUUGAGGAUAGAGACUUUGUGCAUGAUUUAAUCUGUUUACCAAUGGUUGGGUUGGAGAUGAUUUUGGGGUUUGAUUGGUAG